AACACCACUACAUAACUCUUCGCCCUUGCGGUCAACAGCGUUACGAGUGGAAUUUUGUUUGUGUCAUUCUCGGACCUUACACUAUUUUGAUCGACUUCCCUUAAUAAUGGAGAAGUUAAAGCAACAUUUUGGUAAAAUCCGAGUUCCUAGAGCAGGGGACAAAGUGUACAAAGACGAAUGUAUGUUUUGCUUUGACACGCCGGAAAGUGAAACUGGCCUGUAUAUUUGUCUCAACACUUUUAGAGGAUGGAGCAAAGAACAUGUAGUGAGAUACUCGGAGAAAACAGGAAACUGUGUCUUCUUGCAUCAGAAACGGAUAAAGAAGUUUCUCCCACCAGAGAAAGAACUGGAGCCUGAAAAGAAGAUAGCACGGCUAGCCAUUGGCAUAGAAGGUGGAUUCAAUCCAGAUGCAAACAAAAAGAUAUAUGAAUAUGAGGAAACUAACUCUGUUGUAAUAUUGCCCAACUUUGAUGUCAUAUCAUUUCCUAAUACAGAUCUUCCAGAAAUUAUUCGGCAGUCUGUUGAAGGUAUUUUAAAAGCAGAGUCUGCUUUGCACCUGGCUGAAGUAGAAGCUGCAGCAGGGGCAUGGGAUGGAGAAGUAAGACCAGUAACAAAACAUGCUGACACACUUCAGCAACUUGAUAAUGGAGUGAAAGUUCCACCAAGAGGAUGGAAAUGCGAAGAGUGUGAUAAAACUGACAAUUUAUGGCUAAAUCUUACUGAUGGAAGGAUUCUCUGUGGACGGAGACAGUUAGCUGGGUCUGGGGGUAAUAAUCAUGCUGUUGAGCAUUACUACAAGACAAAGUAUCCCUUGGCUGUGAAGUUAGGUACCAUCACCCAAGAUGGUAAUGCUGAUGUCUACAGUUAUGAUGAAGAUGAUAUGGUCAUAGAUCCUAACCUUGUUAAACAUUUAGCUCAUUUUGGAAUCAACGUCAAAGUUAUGGAGAAGACUGAAAAGACUAUGCUUGAGCUUGAAAUUGACUGCAACCAGAGAGCAUGGGAAUGGUCACGAUUGACUGAAUCAGGCAAUAAACUCGCCCCAAAAUAUGGUCCUGGUUAUACAGGUCUAAAAAAUCUGGGUAAUUCCUGCUACAUUAAUUCAGUUAUGCAAGUGUUGUUCACAGUACCCAGUUUUUUGGAAAGAUAUAGUCUAAAUGGACCAAGAAUAUUAGACAGCUAUAAUAACAGCAAUGUUGCUGAAGACUUCAAUGUACAAAUGUCCAAGCUAGCACAUGGAUUACUCUCAGGAAGAUAUUCUGCUCCACCAGCCACAUCUACUGGAGAUGAAGAUGUUGAUGAUUUACAGCCAGGUAUAUCCCCAUUGAUGUUCCGAACAUUAGUAGGGAAAGGUCAUGCAGAAUUUUCAACAAAAAAACAGCAAGAUGCAAUGGAAUUCUUGGAGCACAUUUUGAAGUUAUGUUCGUGUAAUUCUGCUGGUGCUGUUGAUCCAGGAAAUUGUUUGAAGUUUGAGGUAGAAGACAAAUUCAUAUGCGGUGAAAGUGGGAAAGUUCGUUAUGUUACUCGGCCAGACCAGUACUUACCUCUCCCAGUUCCAAUGGAAGAAGCCAUCAACAAGGAAGAAGUUGCUGCAUACCAAGCACAGAAAGCAGAGGCACAGGCAUCCCAAAAAGUUUUACCACCAGAUGAACAGGUGAGAGCAAAGAUUCCAUUUGAUGUUUGCUUGUCAAAACUGGUAGCUCCAGAGGAAAUUCUUGCCUUUAGUUCUGCAGCAGGGAAAGAAGUUAGAAUGCAGAAGAUCACUCGUCUCCGUACCUUCCCUGAUUAUUUGUUUAUACAGCUUGUGAAAUUUGGCAUUGGACAGGAUUGGGUACCAAUGAAGUAUGAUGUUUCAAUUAACAUGCCUGAGGUUUUAGACUUGACAAUCUUGAAGGGAUUUGGACUCCAGGCAGGAGAAGAAGAACUACCAGAAACACCAGCAGCAGGACCAAAACCAAAAGAACCAGAAAUAGACACAGCUGUAGUGCAGCAAUUGACAGAAAUGGGAUUCCCCUGGGAAGCGUGUAGAAAAGCUGUCCAUUUCACUGGAAAUACAGGAUCUGAGACAGCUAUGAAUUGGAUCAUGGAACACAUGGGAGAUCCAGACUUUGGUGAGCCUCUUGUUUUGGAGAGCAAGUCUACAGGGAGUAGUGAUUUCACACCAAAUGAAGAAGGGUUGAAAAUGCUGAUGUCUAUGGGUUUCAAUAAGGAACAAGCCUCCCUUGCUUUGAAGGAAACCAGCAAUAAUUUGGAAAGAGCCGCUGACUGGAUAUUUUCUCACCAGCACGAGCUAGAUGCUCUAUUGGCAGCUCAGGCAGGAGCAUUUGUCCCUCCUCCUCAGAAACCGAAUUAUACAGAUGGUACACCCAAGUAUGAACUGGCGGCAUUUAUCAGUCACAUGGGAACGUCUAUUUUUGUUGGCCACUAUGUGUGUCACAUAAAAAAGGAUGGUGAAUGGACCAUUUUCAAUGACAACAAGGUCUCGAAAUCUGUUAAUCCACCUUUAGAUUUAGGUUAUAUAUAUUUAUACAAGAGAGUAUCGAAUUAGUGCUCAGCUAAUGUCGUGUUGUAAAGAAUGGUGUGAAGUAGAAAAACUUAUUGAAUACCUUUUAUAAAUCAAAAUGAAGUUGUGUGAUUGUGAAACAGUUUGGAUAAAUUCAUAGACAGUUCUCUGGAUGAUAGAAUGUGUGGAACUUUUGAUCAUUACCUCUUGCCUGCGAGUGUGAUCCUUCAGUGUAAAGGGAUAAACUUUAGCAGAAUGGGAAUUAAGAAACUGUGUAAUCAGAUACAUAGAAUUGCGUUGCAUUAAUUAGAGGGUAAUAUUGCCACGUUUCACCAUUUGAAUUUCUCUGCAGGGAUGAACACUGCAUAGAAUCACAACGUCUUGAGACACUUUUCUUUAUUCAGCUUAUCUCUUAGGAAUUAGGAGCUUUUGGGACCAUCUUAAAUUAUUGUUUUUCUCUUUGUUUGUCAAGGGUUUCCUGUAAUCUAGUACCAGAAGACUUAUGCAAUCAGAUCAUUAAUAUGUUUACAAAGAGGCCUUAUAUGUUCUGUAUGAAUAUGCAACUGUAAUAAAUAUCUGGUCUCUGGACUGCAAAAAUCUCUACCCAGAAAACUUUUUGUGUUUUGAGUAAGUUAUCUUAAGUAUAGAAACUGUGUUGGAACCACCUUUGUUAAUAAAUUGAAAUUUGUCUUCAGUGCUGGGAGUUGGAUUCUUGGUUAAGUGGUAACAAGGGUUUGAAUCAAACCCAUUAUGAAUUCACUUUGCCGUAAUUUAUUGUUGUGUGUAUAUAUGACUUCAGCCAAAGUGGCCAAUAGCAUAGAUGACAUAGUGCAGUGAAUUAGUCUGGCAUUAAUUUCAUAAGGCUUUGUAGAGUGACUUAAAACUUGAGCUUGUUCAUAGCCUAAAGCCUUUUACAUUUUAGCCUUGCCAGAUAAGUUUGUUAAUUAAAAGAAUUUGCUUUUGAAGUUCUAGCAAGACUGAAUCCAAUUUAUUGUUAACACUUAUACAACCACUAAUUAAUCUACAGUAUUUAUAAGGCUGAGACACAUAGCAUUUCCUGAAUCUUUCUGGUGACCCCAAUGAGAUUCUAAAAGUGUGAUUCAGUGGUCUCGAUUUACAAUAAUUCAUAAUUUACUAGCUGAGAUAAAUGUUGCGUGGGUGACUGGUAGACAUGUCUUUUUCUUUCUAAUAUAACUUGACAAGCUGCUCAUUUUUAUAGUUUCCAUCUAAAUUUAGCCUUGCUAAGUGUUGAAUGCUAGUACACUUUCUCACAACAUAUUUUUUAAAUAAUUGAGCACUGUAGUUUGUACACUAACUUGAGUCACAUAAGGAAAUUGUGAAAUAUAUCUGCUGUGUCACUUUAUGUUUGGUUUUGAUGGAGCAUUUUGGAUAUUAAAGUGUACUAACCAUAGCACAGUCGUGGAUUUUAUAAAGUUCAGAAUUCAUUAGUGAAAAAUGUUUUUCUAUCACAUGUAUAUAUAUACAAGUAUACAUAGUUGAAGUGUGAUGUACUAUACCUUUAACCUCAGUGAAAUGUACCUGAGUUCAGAGUAGUAUUCUAUGAAUUGAUAUUCAAGUGGCAUAAAUUUAUUUAAUAUUUACCAGUAACAAAGUUUUAGUUCUCUCGAUUAGUGUUGUUGAUGAUAAUGGAAGGUAAACAAUUGUGCAGCUCUGUUUGAAAAAUUCCAUUAACAGGAACAGUGUUUGUGAAAGAAUGGUAUUACAGUAUAACAAAAUGCCCAAUGACCUGAGGCCCUAGUCUUUUUCUUGUAUUAGGAAAACCUUCCUCUGCAGAAGACACCAAUCUCUUUCAGAUGGUUGGGGAAGGAAAUAGACCAAAUUCCCUUAUACUGUAGAAAGAACCAUUCACGGAUAGGAAGCAAAAGUUGACAAUAUACUGACAUAUUUCCUCA